AGUGUGUGCACGACCGAAACCAUGAUAUAAACAGCUACCGAAGUGAUAUAGUACAAGCUGCUAAGUAGGUGUGUGCUAACCGAGAGUAGCAGGAGGAUCCCCAGAGUGACAUGAUCAGCCGUCAUGGCAUGGCAUCACGAAUCAAGAUAGCGCACGCAGGCGGUUCCUUGGAUUAUGAAGGCACGACGGCUCGACGUGAGAUCGCGCGCUGGGGCCGCAGGGGCGUGACACUCGAUGAUCCGUGCGGUUCUCUGCUAGUGCGCACGGACACAACGGCGGAGGCAGGGCCCUGGGCGGGCGGCGAGACCGUUCACCCUGCCCCAGAAAUCGGGGGCUGGGUCUGGCGGGGGCGUGAGGGCGGCUGCACGGACGUAACGGGUCGGGGUGCGAAAUCGAGCAGGAGCCCUGGGCCGCCCCUGCCUGCGACGGCGAUUGUGUCUCCAGCGCGGGCCACCAUCAGCGAAAUUGCAGUCCGAACAGGGCGGGGAGGAGGAAGUACGCCGCGGACAUGGCACACGGCGCCACAGGCCAUAUGCGGCAGGCAGCAUGCAGGGCGGCGGGUGACAGAUGCCUGGAGGCGUUGUUCGCCGUUGCAGGCUCGAGGAGGGCGACCGACGUCCCACGUGCGGAAAGAAGCUUUGUGGGUCCAGCGCGGUCCAGCGCUUGCAGUUGGUGCGCCUUCGCAGCGGGCUUACCGGUCCAGCCCGUCCGUCGCCCAGCACCCCAUCAUCCACUGCACACGCAGCUGCUGCCGCAAUCGCCACCGUGCACUCAGUGAAACAGGCUGUAUGUUGUGGCGCAUGUAAGCCUGCCAGAGUCAGUGUGAUAGACGGCUUGCAAUAGUCUGCACUCGGUGAAGAGCGCCGACUCAUCAGAGCAUAGGAAGAUACCUACGGCUGACGCUGACAGCGAUCUGCGCGCCCUGAAGAGCCUCAGGCAGAAGCCAGCAACGAGCAAGUACCGGCGGCGCGCGUAUCAGCCCGGAGUAACGGACGUAAGCUCGCAGCACGGUCGAGGCAGGACGAGGCUCACCAGGACCCCAAGAAGCGGCGGCGGCGUGGACACAAGCGGGAGGCGAGCACCGACGUGCAAUGUCGCGCCGUAAGAGGGCCCUCUGCAGGGCAACGGUUUACUGUAAUUUCGUCGCGACGUGUCCGGCUCGGUGACGGGGAUGCUUUCCUGGCAGCCACGGCC